UCUCUUUCUUACUUGCAAAAAAAAAAAAAUGUUCUGCAGCUGGGCUGCACCUCAAUGAAUGAAUCGGUGUACUGUGAGCCACCAUCAUCUACCAACUGGAUUUGCAUUUAUUCCCGGCAUCUAUCCCGAACAUAUGAAUCUGCUUAGAGAAAACCUUUUAAGGAGUUGAAAAUAUCAGGUCGGAGAAAAUGGCACAACGCGUGGUUUUCUUUUUGCUGUGGCUCUCGGACCAGUCCUUGGCCGGAUUCCCGAAUCAGAUUAACAUCGGGGGACUUUUCAUGCGAUCCACUGUGCAGGAGCACAGCGCGUUCAGGUUUGCUGUCCAACUCUACAACACCAAUCAAAACACCACUGAGAAACCUUUUCACCUCAACUACAAUGUCGACAAUCUCGAGUCGUCCAACAGCUUCUCGGUUACUCAUGCAUUUUGCUCCCAGUUCUCCCGCGGGGUGUACGCCAUCUUCGGAUUCUACGACAAGAAGUCCAUGAACACCUUGACCUCGUUCUGCGGUGCUCUGCACACCUCCUUCGUCACGCCCAGUUACCCCACCGAUAACGAGGUGCAGUUUGUCAUCCAGAUGCGACCGGCCCUCAGGGGUGCGGUGCUCAGCUUGCUCUCCCACUACAAGUGGCAGAAGUUUGUUUACCUCUAUGACACCGAUCGAGGUUUUUCAAUCCUUCAGGCCAUCAUGGAAGCAGCAGUGGCCAACAACUGGCAGGUGACUGCUCGCUCUGUCAGCAGCACAACAGACGCCGCAGAGUUCAAGCGCAUUAUUGAAGAGAUGGACAGGAGGCAGGAGAAGCGUUAUGUGAUCGACUGCGAGUUGGACCGCAUCAGUACUAUAUUGGAACAGGUUGUGACCCUGGGGAAGAACAGCCGUGGUUACCACUACAUUCUGGCCAAUCUUGGAUUUUCAAAUGUGAGUCUGGACAAAGUCUUCGCCGGAGGAGCCAACAUUUCAGGGUUUCAGAUCGUCAACCCUGAGAAUCCAAUUGUGCAGCAGUUCAUACAGCGAUGGGAGCGGUUGGAUGAAAGAGAAUUCCCAGAAGCACGAAACGCUCCUCUGAAGUACACCUCCGCCCUGACCCAUGAUGCCAUUCUAGUGAUUGCCGAGGCAUUCAGGUACCUAAGACGUCAACGCGUAGAUGUCUCACGUAGAGGCAGUGCAGGAGACUGUCUGGCGAAUCCCGCUGUUCCCUGGAGCCAGGGCAUAGACAUCGAAAGAGCUCUGAAAACGGUCCAAGUUCAGGGGAUGACCGGUAACAUCCAGUUUGACAACUAUGGCCGCAGGACCAAUUACACCAUAGACAUAUAUGAAAUGAAGACAGGUGGGCCGAGGAAGAUUGGUUACUGGAACGAGUACACACGAUUUGUAAAUAUUAUGGAUCCGCAGGUCUCCAACGACUCCUCAGUGGAAAACCGAACCAUUGUGGUCACUACUAUUAUGGAAGCUCCUUAUGUGAUGUACAAGAAAAAUUAUAUGCAUCUGGAGGGGAAUGAGAGAUAUGAAGGCUACUGCGUCGAUUUAGCAUCUGAGAUUGCCAAACAUGUUGGAAUUAAGUACAAACUGUCAAUAGUAAUGGAUGGCAAGUACGGAGCCCGAGACCCUGAGACCAAGACGUGGAACGGGAUGGUGGGUGAACUGGUCUAUGGGAGGGCAGAUAUAGCCGUUGCGCCUCUCACCAUUACUCUGGUUCGAGAGGAGGUGAUAGACUUUUCCAAGCCCUUUAUGAGCUUGGGCAUCUCCAUUAUGAUAAAGAAGCCACAAAAGUCCAAGCCUGGCGUGUUCUCCUUCCUGGACCCACUGGCCUAUGAGAUCUGGAUGUGUAUAGUGUUUGCCUACAUUGGCGUGAGCGUGGUCCUGUUCCUGGUCAGUCGGUUCAGCCCAUAUGAGUGGAACCUCGAGGAACAGGAUGAGACCAAAGACCCCCAGACUCCCCCCGAUCCUCCCAAUGACUUUGGCAUCUUCAACUCACUCUGGUUCUCACUGGGUGCCUUCAUGCAGCAGGGCUGUGACAUAUCUCCAAGGUCUCUUUCAGGGCGUAUCGUUGGUGGUGUUUGGUGGUUUUUCACCCUUAUCAUUAUCUCCUCCUACACUGCCAACCUGGCCGCCUUCUUGACCGUGGAGAGAAUGGUGUCGCCUAUAGAGAGUGCUGAGGAUCUAGCAAAGCAGACAGAGAUAGCAUAUGGCACUCUGGACUCAGGCUCAACGAAAGAGUUCUUUAGGCGAUCCAAAAUAGCGGUAUACGAGAAGAUGUGGUCAUACAUGAAAUCUGCAGAGCCCUCUGUGUUUGUUAAGACCACACCAGACGGUGUUGCCCGAGUGCGAAAGUCGAAGGGCAAGUUUGCCUUUCUCCUUGAGUCCACAAUGAAUGAGUACAUCGAGCAGCGGAAGCCGUGCGACACCAUGAAAGUGGGAGGGAACCUCGACUCCAAAGGCUACGGUGUGGCGACGCCUAAAGGCUCAGCAUUAAGAAAUGCUGUUAACCUGGCAGUUUUAAAACUGAAUGAGCAAGGCCUCUUGGACAAAUUGAAAAACAAAUGGUGGUACGACAAGGGAGAGUGCGGCAGCGGGGGAGGUGACUCCAAGGACAAGACAAGUGCUCUCAGCCUAAGCAAUGUGGCAGGUGUCUUCUAUAUUCUGGUUGGAGGGCUGGGGCUUGCAAUGAUGGUGGCUCUGAUAGAGUUCUGUUAUAAAUCAAGGCAAGAAACCAAACGGCUAAAAUUGGCCAAGAAUACCCAAAAUUUUAAGCCCGCUCCCCCGACCAACACCCAGAACUUUGCCACAUACAGAGAAGGCUACAACGUUUACGGAACCGAGAGUGUUAAGAUCUAGAGGUUUACGAAACAUUUCAUCCAUCCUCUACAACUGUGACUUAACAUCUGUGAAAGGCACAGGACCACGGGGGUUUGUGCUUCAUGGCAUGAUAAUCCGCAUUGACGACACGACUUGACUGGUCAUGGGAAGAGCCGAUGAGGUUCCCUCCGCCUCUCAGUGCCUUAUGGAACUCCGAGUCUAAACAAUGCAACUCGAUCACAAUGAUAAUGCUUUUUGCUUGAAACUCAUACAAAACAGAUGAAUGGUGCAGAGUUAAAACCAAUAUAUAUAUAUAUAUAUAUAUAUAUAUAUAUAUAUACACACCUGAAUGACAGAAUAAAGCCAUCAUUUGCAACUCUAAGCACAUUUUGAAGUGCCAGAUAGAUGAUAUAUUAUGACAAGUGUCUAAUUGGUUUCUUGUAAUGACUAUGAUCAGAUUACUCUUCAUCCUUCCGCUGCCAGAUUUUCCGCUGGUUCAAUGUGAUUCAAAUUAUUUUACUAGAUCUUUUCAGUGCACUGUAGGGCACCAGUUAUUAGAUAAUAGCUUUUUAUAAUGCUGUGAAUCCCUUGAAUGACCAUGAACUGGUAGAAGAAAAAAAACUGUUGCAUCAGAGCAAAACACAAACCUGCGUGUUUGUAUGUGGAACUCUGAUGCUGCUGCCACCACUGUCUUCGGAAAAGAAUUUUGAUGGGACUCAAGAGGAGAAGAAGAUAAAAUGAACCGGGUCCUGAUUCGCACCUCCAAUACUGCCAAGAGUGUGUUUUGUAUGACAAUGAUUAUGUAAAGUCUGGAUAAAGAAAAAAUGUUUGGGAUGUAGACAAUUUGUAAAAUAUCAAGGGGAGUUUGAUGCUCUGAAGAGUCUUUCCCUGAGCUUAGGGUUAAUUCAAGUCUUCUUUACAAUAACAUAAAACCAAACAAAUCGAUACUUAAGUUGUAGAUUAACUGUAGUCUAAAUAAAGGCUCACAGUUAGAUUUUCGGUAGCUUUCUUUCUUUUUCUUUUUUUUUUUUUACAUUUUCUGUCAAAUUGCAUAUUUUUCAAUGAGCUGUGGUUUGCAUUCACAAUGAUUUUCUUCCAUGAAAAUUAAAGUGUUUAGGGAUUUUGCUUAGUAAAUGAUAAAAAAUAUAAAUGCAACAAAAAAUAGACUUUUUAUAAGAUCACACUGGGGCAUCUGGAGCUUAGCACAUUUCCAUACUGCUGUGAUUAAUUGUGUUUUUUUCAUAAAGACUGUGAUUCCACAGGUUUAGGAGGGUAUUUAUCUAAUCACCUAAAACUAUGGGCAGAUAGUUUUAUAUUAGAAACCAAGAGUAAGCCAGAGGAGAUGUGUACAUUCAGACAAAAAAGAAAUAUUUAUUACAUGAUGAGUGAUUGGGUUUUCCCUUCUUAUAUUAUUUCUUUUUUUUUUUUCUCUCUAAAGAGUUGCAUGUGAAAUCAGUGAUGCUUGACGAGCUCUGCUACGCACAAACUGAUCCUAGGUUAAUGCUAGAGACAAAACCCUGGUCAUUUUCCUUUGUAUUUCUUUUUUUUUCUUCUUCUUUAAAGUAGGUGUCACUUCCUGCAGAAACGGACAGAAAAAACAGCAACAUAAAAACAAAAAAAAUGAAUCACCAAGCGUAGUAAUGGUGACAAAAGAGCAAAAGUUGCAUGCAUAAUUUACUGAACCUCAUCGAAAGAGGCGCUGUACAAAGGAUUUUAAUACAUUUUUGUAAAUAAACUAUACAGAAAGGUCA